CGCGAGUGGAGGUCGGGGGUGGGGAAAUCCAGCCUGCGCUGGGGAUGGCGGAUACUAUUAAAGCCCCGGCGGCGCGCGGCCGGGCUGGGUGACCCGGCGGCGGGCGCGGGAGGGUCUGCGGCGGGCGGGCGGCGCUGCAGCAGCCUGGGCACGGCCGCCGCCGCCCGCGGGCGCGAGUGUGCGCGGGUGUGGAAGGCCGGCGUGCGGGCCGCGAGGGGUGUGCGCGCGUGAGUCGUAGCGGGGCUCGCCCCUCGCCGGCGCCCGCCGCCCCGCCGGUGAUCGCUCUCCGGCGGUCCCCGGCACCCUCGGCCCCCCACGGCCGUUAGUCCGGGCGGGGGAGGGAGAAAGUGAGACUCGGUGUCAUCACCAUCCAUUGUCAGGAGGGGAGGAAAUUGGAAUCCAGCAGCGGCGAGCAGCAGCUGGGCGGUCACAUCUGGGAAUGCAAAGCCGACCUCCCCCUCCUCCUCCUCCUCCACCACCUCCUCCUCUCUCACCCGGGAUCACUUCCGAAACCACUUCGCCUUCAGCCCCUGCCUCGGCCAGAGGGAUUUAUUUCAUGGGGAUGUGUUCAAGGCAAGAGCGAAUUCAGAAGGAUAUCGACGUCGUGAUCCAGAAGUCCAGAGCCGAGAAAGACUGCCUGUUUGCAGAUUUCAGAUACUCAGACUCCACCUUUACUUUCACCUACGUUGGCGGCCCCAAAAGUGUAUCCUACUCAGUACAUGUAUCUGAAGAUUACCCAGACAAUACAUAUGUGUCAAGUUCAGAAAAUGAUGAAGAUGUACUAGUUACUACAGAACCAAUUCCAGUAAUUUUUCAUAGAAUAGCAACAGAAUUAAGAAAAACAAAUGACAUUAACUGUUGUUUAUCCAUAAAAUCCAAACUGCAAAAGGAAAAUGGGGAGGAAUCAAGACAAAAUAGUACAGUGGAAGAUGAUUCUGAAGGUGAUAAUGAUUCUGAAGAAUUUUAUUAUGGAGGACAGGUGAAUUAUGAUGGGGAACUGCACAAGCACCCACAGCUGGAAGCUGACUUGUCGGCUGUGAGAGAGAUAUAUGGGCCGCACGCAGUUUCGCUCAGGGAAUAUGGAGCUAUUGAUGAUGUAGAUAUUGAUCUGCAUAUCGAUGUUAGCUUUCUUGAUGAGGAGAUUGCUGUGGCUUGGGAAGUCAUUCGAACAGAGCCUAUAAUUGUCCGACUACACUGUUCACUUACACAGUACUUAAAUGGCCCAGUGCCCACUGUUGAUGUGUUUCAGAUUUCCACAAAAGAGCGAUUUGGAUUGGGACAUCAGUUAAAAAAAAUCAUGCAGACAUUUGUUACACAGCAGUGGAAACAAAGCAAAGAAAAGUCCAAUUGCCUGCAUAGUAAAAAACUGUCAGAGAAGAAAGUGAAGUCUCCCCUGCAUUUAUUUUCUACCUUGCGCAGGUCGCCAAGUUAUCCUCCCCCUGGUUGUGGCAAAAGCAAAUCCAAACUGAAAUCCGAGCAAGAUGGAAUCUCCAAAACACACAAGCUGCUGCGGAGGACUUGUUCCAGCACAGUCAAGGCUGACGACGUGUGCGCCGCAAAGUCGCACCGGACCUUUGGUCGCUCGCUGUCCAGCGACCCUAGGGCUGAGCAGGCGAUGACAACAAUUAAAUCGCACAAACUCUUGAACCGUCCCUGCACUGCAGCUGUGAAGCAAGAGGACUGCCUCACUCUAAAGUCCCAUAAAUUAUUGACUCGAUCAUGUUCUGGAGACCCUCGAUGUGAGCACAACACCAACUUGAAGCCCCAUAAACUGUUAAGCAGGUCUUACUCCAGCAAUCUCCGAAUGGAAGAGCUGUAUGGACUGAAAAAUCACAAAUUGCUCAGCAAGUCUUACUCCAAUGCCCCCAAGUCAUCCAAAACUGAGCUUUUCAAGGAACCUAAUGCAGAGGGCAGGAGGCUCUCUCUUACCUCAGGGCUUAUUGGUAUCUUAACACCAUCUUCAUCUUCAUCUUCCCAGCCUGCUCCAAAUGGUGCAAAAUGCAUUCCAAUACGAGACCGUGGCUUCCUAGUGCAGACAAUUGAGUUUGCUGAGCAGCGGAUCCCUGUAUUGAAUGAGUACUGUGUGGUUUGUGAUGAGCCACAUGUGUUUCAAAAUGGCCCCAUGCUUAGGCCUACUGUAUGUGAACGAGAGCUGUGUGUCUUUGCUUUUCAAACCCUGGGAGUAAUGAAUGAAGCUGCUGAUGAAAUAGCAACUGGAGCUCAGGUGGUAGAUCUGCUGGUGUCCAUGUGUAGAUCUGCAUUGGAAUCUCCUAGAAAAGUUGUCAUUUUCGAGCCAUAUCCUUCUGUGGUGGAUCCUAAUGAUCCUCAGAUGUUGGCCUUCAACCCCAGGAAGAAGAACUAUGAUAGAGUAAUGAAAGCACUGGAUAGCAUAACUUCUAUCAGAGAAAUGACACAAGCACCAUAUCUGGAAAUCAAGAAGCAGAUGGAUAAACAGGACCCCCUCGCUCAUCCCCUACUGCAAUGGGUUAUUUCAAGUAAUAGGUCACAUAUUGUGAAACUGCCAGUUAACAGGCAAUUGAAGUUUAUGCACACUCCACAUCAAUUCCUGCUUCUCAGCAGUCCACCAGCCAAAGAAUCCAAUUUCAGAGCUGCUAAAAAACUCUUUGGAAGCACCUUUGCAUUUCAUGGCUCACACAUUGAAAACUGGCACUCCAUCCUGAGGAAUGGCCUGGUUGUUGCCUCUAAUACACGUCUGCAGCUCCAUGGUGCAAUGUAUGGAAGUGGAAUCUAUCUAAGUCCAAUGUCAAGCAUAUCAUUUGGUUACUCAGGGAUGAACAAGAAGCAGAAGGUGUCAGCCAAGGACGAGCCAGCUUCGAGCAGUAAAAGCAGCAGUGCUUCACAGUCACAGAAAAAAGGACAACAAUCCCAAUUCCUGCAAAGCCGUAACUUAAAAUGCAUAGCCUUAUGUGAAGUGAUCACCUCACCUGACCUGCACAAACAUGGGGAGAUAUGGGUUGUCCCAAAUACGGAUCAUGUCUGCACACGGUUCUUUUUUGUCUAUGAAGAUGGCCAAGUGGGAGACGCAAAUAUUAACACACAGGAAGGGGGCAUUCACAAAGAGAUCCUCCGAGUAAUUGGUAAUCAAACUGCUACUGGUUAAAGGACCACCAUUUAAUUAACAUGAUUUGAAAGCCUUCCUCGUGUUCAAAGCUGGAUUUUGAACUGAAGAAGAUGAUAAAAUAAUUUGUUGUUAUUAUAAACAAAAUUAACCCUUUGAAUACUGAUUUUUUUUCUUAGUAUUUCUAAGUAUCUCAUUAUAUACCUAAAAUGGUAUAAAUUUAUCAGCUGUAGGGGUAUGGAAUCUAGUAAUAAAAUCACAACAGCACGUAAACUGAAGUUUGGGUUGCAUACACAAUAAACAGAUUGAAAAAACAGUUUUGUGCUGAUAUUUUUAUAUUAAAUUCUUUAAUUGGAUAUUUGGUAUUAUAUACCGACAUUUUAGGGUACCAAACUAGAAUUGAGAACAUUUUAUAAUGGCAUCUAAAUCUAUCAAAUACUUUGCAAUAAGUAUAAUGUUUGCACAUUCUGAUGUGCUGUAUAAUUAGUCGAUGAACAUUUGAAUGUUUUGGGAGGGAUAUUGUCUAUUCUCCUAUUGUUCCUUAUUAAAAAAAAACAGGUCUUAGGAGCAGUGUUUUGCCAAAAAUAUGUGGUACACAUAUGUAGAUUCACACAUCAAGAUGUGUGGUUGUGCGUAUGUGUGUGCAUAUUCACAUUUGACAACAGAGAUGACAUAACUUCACCUUUCUAUCCUCAUUUGAUGAAAAAGAAUAUUCAGUAAGUAGUAAUUCUGAAUAAACACCAAGAUAUGAGCCAAAUUUACCACUAUUCAUUCACAAAUAGUAUUUGCAGACAAUUUUCCUAUUGGUUUAAAGAAAUGUUCCUUUGGUUAAGUUUUAAGUCAUUUAAAAUACUACCCGAAAGUAAUUUUGGGCAACAUCAGUGCCCCAUUGGACUAAAUCUAUAUUCAAAUGAUCAUACGUUUAAAAGAACUCAGAAUGGAAAGAAAUUGUGUAUACUUUUUAUUUUCUACAAUGGAACAUGUUUAAAAAUUCAUUUAUACCACACCAGCAUUUUUAUAUUUGUUCAUUUAAUACCUCUUCUUAUUUUUUUCAUAUUGAGAAAGAAGACAAACUUUGAAGCUUCUUUUAUAUUAAAAGAAUACAAAUAAGUUUAUAGAGAACAAUAACACCAGCUCUCAGCAUUUCCCUUUCAAUAGUCAUGUACCCAUCCAAAACCUUUAUAUUUCUUUUGAGUCCUAGAGUUCUUGUUCAUUCUAAGUUUUAACUGACAGUGUUUAUUUUCCUACAUGAUGUAUGUGGAAUCAGGCCAUUCAUGAAAGCAGUUUAAUUAGUGAGUCUGCCACUCCAUUCUAAUUCUGAAUCAAGGCUCAUAUCUGAUUUUAAUUGAUGUGGAAAUAAAAAAUACCAAUGUAUGGUUGUUUGCAAGUAUAAUGUGAUAACGUCUGUGUUUAUUCCCUUUGUCUGGCAUAAAAGGUGAGAAAAAGGUCAUACACAUUGAGAAGGGCUGCAGUUAAGGAAGUAUUUACUAAUAUUUGUUUUUCUUAUACUGUAAAUAAUUGAUAAGCCACUUAUUUCUGCAAAAAAAAAAAAGUCUUAAAGAGGUUGGAAUACUAUCAUUUUGAUAGUAUCUGCCUAAGACAUUGACCAUUUUGACUAGUGCCUCUGAAUUA